CCGGAGCUCUACAAUAGCAGAGCUCAAUAUUCUGCACAACACCUCAUUUGGUUUGAUACACUUACAGCAGAGCUUCACAAUAAUUUUUAUUUAAAGUAGUUACUGCGUUACUGAUCAGGGAUGGAUGUAGUGCAUAGGCAGGUUCUUCUGUUUUUUUAAGGGUUAAGAGGUAUAAUUUAAAAUUAGAUUAAUUUCUUUAAGAUGAUUUCACUGCAGUUCACUGUGCCUCAGUCGAGGUUCUACAGCUGGAGUGUUUUUGGGGGGUUUGGUUCCACAUCUCUGGAGGAACCGGAUCAUCUGAUCUAUAGAAGGUAUGGAGAAGUUCCUCUCUUCAACACGAUCUUCUACGUAACUCCUUUAGAAUUAGUGCUGUCCUGGUUCAACCAAUAAUCAGGUGAUUUCACAAAAAUCGUUUUUAAGCAUAAGGCUUCCUGAACGAUGUCCAGUACCUGCAGAAGCUGUUUGCUCACAAACAAAUGAAGCCAAAUCCAGGCAUGGAGAAAACUCACCCCUGUUCAGACUGUGGGAAGAGUUUUACUUCACAGGCUGAUCUCAGAAGACAUCAGCGCAUUCACACCGGAGAGAAACCGUAUCACUGCUCAGACUGUGGGAAGAGCUUUAAUCGUCUGGCUAAUCUUCAACUACACCAGCGCAUUCACACUGGCGAGAAACCAUAUCACUGCACAGACUGUGGUAAAAGUUUUUAUCGGCUUGGUAAUCUCCAACUACAUCAGCGUGUUCACACUGGAGAGAAACCGUAUCUCUGCUCAGACUGUGGAAAGAGUUUUACUACACAGAAUGAUCUCAAAAGACACCGGCGCAUUCACACCGGAGAGAAACCCUAUCACUGUUCGGACUGUGGAAAGGGUUUUAAUCAACUGAGCCAUUUCAUCACACACCAGCGCAUUCACACUGGAGAGAAACCAUAUUACUGCUCCGAGUGUGGAAAGAGUUUUACUACACAUUGUGAUCUCAAAGAACACCAGCGCAUUCACACUGGAGAGAAACCGUUUCACUGCUCAGACUGUGGGAAGAGUUUUGUUCAACAGAGUGACCUCAAAAGACAUCAGCGCAUUCACACUGGAGAAAAACCCUAUAAUUGUGCAGAAUGUGACAACAGUUUUACCACACAGAGUAAUCUCAAAAGACACCAGCGCAUUCACACGGGAGAGAAACUGUAUUACUGUUCAGACUGUGAGACAAACUUCAUGCAUGCAUCUACAUUAAAGAAACACAAGUGCACCAAUAACACUCCUUUAACCACCACAGGUCCCAACCCAGAUCCAAAAGUAGAGUGAAGAGGCAACUGAGGACAAUCCCCUCAAAUGUUCUUAUUUAGGGUUUAUACGUUCAUGAAAAACCUGGAAAAGUAAUGGAAUUAGGAAAAAAAAAUUCCAGGCCUGGAUACGUUUUGGAACAAUAAAAAUACCCAGAAAUCUUUGUGUUUCCAUUUAUCGACGAAAAAAAAUCUAUUUUAAGCUAAAAAAAAACGUCAGCUCAGAGUUAAUUCAGUAAUUUAGCCUCUACACAAUAGAGCUUAUUAUACUGUCCAUGUCUGCAGUGAUGUUUUGAAAGUCAUGUGGUCAUGAAAAUUUGCAUUGAAGGCAUGGAAAAAUGUAUUGGUUAAAAAGUGUAUGAACCUGCUUAUUGAUUGAUUAUGGUUAUAUUAUUUUUAUAUUAAUCACUUUAUAAGUGCAGUGGCUGGCUCAGACUACAGGAUUUGCUCCUCCUUUCUGAUUAGCUUCUAGUGUGUGUGGUGUCUGUAAUCCAAUCUAUAUAUAUUUAUGUAUAUAUGGUAAUAUAAUAACUAACAAUGAUUAAAGGAAAUAAAAUGUA